CAGCCUCUAAGGAGAAUUCCUGCCAAUCCCAACGUGCAGUUGUAUUGCUCAUGCUUCCCUGGAUUUGUCACUACUCAACGGUGCUGCAUUGAUUUUUUCAGCCCAACUCGAGACCAUGACCAUUCUAAUGAGGGCAUUCUAUCAUCCCAAAAAGUUAUUAUUAUUAUAUUUUUAAUAUAUUUUUGGGCUUUUUUGCCAUUAUUUCGAUAGGGCAAUGAAGCAAUGACAGGCAGUGAGUGGGGAGAGAGAGACUGGGAAGGGUCGGCAAAGGACCUGGACCGGAGUCGAACUCGGGUCAGCCGUGAACCAGACGAGUGCCCUUCUGUUAGCAACUCGGUUAUUGAACAUCAGCAGACACCUUUACAGCAUAGCAAUAACUUUUGGUAUUUGAAAUAAAUGUAUCUUGAAAUGCUUGUUAAAAAUAAAAAAAAAUUUGAACAAACCCAUGCCCUCAUUAGAAUGGCCAUGUAGCAAGGGUGUGCCAAGGAUAGCAUGAGCAGUACAACUGGCAUGCUGAAAAUGGCAGAAGUUCUAAGUAGUCCAACUAAAAGGAACUCGCACACUGCUGAUGCUGAUGCAUUUUCAUACAUGGAGAAAAUAAAGAGAGUGCUACCGAGUGCUAAACUUUUGUGUUCCUUCAGACCAUCAUCAUUGCCAAAAAAUGGUCUGAAGACAUGAAAACAUUUUGUUCGACAUUGGGUAGCACUUCAUGCAUUCAUGCAUUAAAAUUCUUUAAUUUUGCAUUGGCAUUAGUGGUGUGCGAGUUCCCUUUUGCUGGACUAUUGGAUUACUUUGUGGAACUUGACGCACCCUCCCGGCUAUAAGCUCAAAGGCGCGACGCUCACUUGGAAUUUAUGUUCGAAGUUCUCCUUAAACAUAGCAUACAGUCCUUAGCAGCGGUAAGUUAAACUCCUAUAGCUUUUCCUGUAACAUUGAAAACUCAAUUCGACCAGUAAAACUGGUCAGAAGAACUUAUUCACUGACAUCUGCAACCAACUGGAUGUGAGACAAGUCAAAACUCCACUUUUCAAGCGACACUUUUUUCCCUCCAAAUUGUAAUGAGAAGUCUUAAUUUAUUACUCAAGGCACUUGGUAAUGUCAUAACAAUGUAUUUAUAGCAAUAUAUAACAAUGUAGCUGUCUGUGAGUCUUUCCAGCAAAGUAUGGCAGGCCCAUCUGCACAAAGAGUAUGACGGCAGUAUCAUUGUACGAAUACCUUGUAACAGUCCUCAAAAAACACAUAUCACUAUUUGAGCAAUCUUACUAUGUCAACUGAUUCACGAUGCACUUAUGUCUAGACCCAGAUAACAAGUAAUGACAGGAGCAUAUACAUAUACAGUAUAUACAGUGUAGGUAGUAUGUGCAUACAUCAGUUGAUAUACACAUACAUGUACCAUGUUCAAGUUGCUGUGAUAUUGUGACCAUGUGCAGCCUCUGGUGUCAAGUCAGGCACUGCAGAAGGCAGUAACAAGACACUAUCCCUCACCACAGGCCGUAAGAUUGCAAAAAAUAGACUUAGCAAAAGAACAGCAGAAAAAAAACAGCUGAUCAAACUGGCCAAAAAAAGAGGGCUGGAUUUGGAUGAGAGACUGGCUACAGUACCACACUGGCUGCGUAAUGCUGACCGGCCGAGACUGAAGCCAGGCAAAAUGCUGAUGCAGAAGCAGAGGAUGGGCCUGUGUGGCUGGCUGGGUGCAGAAAGAUGUGGGGCAGCUGGCACUACCAGAGUCAGCUAGUCUGCCCAAAACCCAGCUGGAACAUUGCUACUGUUCUUAAAAUGUUCUUUUAACUAUCAUUUACUGUUCUGCAUUUAUUGUGCAAUAAGAAUGCAGUUGUUUCCAAUAUGAACUAUCACUGAUUACUGCUUUCAAAAGCAUUGCAAUGAAAAAGUGCUGACUGAAACAUUGUCAGAAUGAUGCAAUUGCAAAACAAAUAUGCAGGGCUGAUGGAUGACACUGUGUCUGUGCCUGACUGCGUCCACACCUGUGUGUAUGUGUGUGUCCACAUCUGUGUGUGUGCGUGUGCACGUAUGUCCUGUCCACAUCUGUGUGUGUAUGUGUCCUUAUAGGAGAGCCUCCAGAGGGAGCAUCUGCGGUGUAGUCUGCAGGAGGAGCGGGAGAGGCUGCUCUCCUCACACACCCUGCAGCUGGAGCAGCUCAAGGCCCAGCAAGACAAGCAGCUCACCAGGACACGACAGGCCUACGCACACAAGGAAGACGAGGUGAAGGAACUAGAACUGCAGCUGGAUAUUCGAGCCAAAGACCUCAAGACUCAGGAAGCCAUCCUAUUUAACCAGACAUCAGAAAUCCAAAAGAGAAGACAUCAGCUUGGACUUGAGGAGAGCAAGAUGGAGGUGCUGCAUGAGGAGCUGGAGCGUGCAAAGCUGGAGCGCGAGCGGGCCCUGGAGGAGGCGCAGCAGCAGCGGGAGGAGAAGGAGCGUCUGAAGGAGGAGAACCGCGCCAUGAGGGCCGAGAGGGAGCGCCUGGAGAAGAGGCUGGAGCUGCUGCAGGAGCACUGCGACCAGCUCAGCCAACGCGUCAGUGACCUGGAGCAUUCAGAGAAGAGGGCCAAGCGACAAGACGGCAGACGGCAAGCGAGGGCAGACUCUGAGGAAGGGAAGGAAACGAGGAGGAAGCGGCGAGAGUCUUCGGCAGGCCCCAGCGAUGAGCCCUCUCUACAGGUGGAGGACCUGGAGCCCCCGGCUGCGGCCGCCGUGCCCCCACUCGCCAAAAGCAGCGAGAGUGUGGAAGGUCUGCGGUGCUACAUCUCGUCGGAGGGCAUGUCGCUGCAGAGGGCUCGUAGCUACCUGGAGCAGCAGAGUGGGAGCCUGAGUGAGAGGCAGGCCAUGCUGCUGGCAGCCCGCUCCAGCUGCCUCCACAACCCCGCCAAGGAGGCCGCCAGCCAGGAGCUACUCAAGAGCCUACAGCAGGAAGCAAAUCACCUUGAGCAGCUCAGGGCCACGGUGCAGAAGGGCCAGAGCCUCUUGGAGAAGAAAGCGGAGAGGCUGACUCACCUGGAGAGCUCACUGGCUGAAGAGCUGUCCUACAACGACACGUACAGGCAAGAUGUGGACAAGAAGGUGACGUUCCUGGUGUCUGACUCUGACAUGAGCAGUGCAGUGGAUGGCCAUGAGGGUACAGACGUCCACACCACAGUCCCGGCCAAAGUCCAGCAGCUGGCCGAUUCCCUGCAGCACAUCUCGGGGCAGUUGAAUACGGUGCUGGAGGCCCUGGGCUCGCUGGCCCAGAAGAAGGCGCCCCCUCUACCAAGCGCCCAGGGCCCCCCGCCGCUCUUCCAGCCCCACCCCGUGUCUGUGGCCAUGCCGCCUCUGUCCCUAUCUCAGGACCUGCCCCUCUCCUCCACGCUCCUCCACACGACGCCCCGCUGGCCAUGGACUUCAGCCCGCUCGGGGGCUGCCAGUCUGGGCAGGCACGGAGGCAGCAGCAGCAGCGCGCUUAUGACCCAGAGGCUACACGAGACAGACCCACUGACCUCCUCCAACAAGUUCUCCUCUGGGUUUCCCAUUAACAUCAAUGGCAGCCCUCCAGUGGGCAACUACAGCAUCUCAGGAUAUACUGCAGUCAGUGAGCAGGUACAGAGUAUGAUGUCGUCAAAGUCAGCAGAGAUGGAUAACCAACAGUUGCAAAGCCUGAUCGAUGGCAAUAAGAGAUGGCUGGAAACACGCAGGAAGGAUCCUGCCUUACCUUUGUUUACACGCUACCGGCCCCCAUCUUCCCUCAGUGGGCUGGUGCAGCUGGGCCUGGAUGAGAGUAAUCAGAUCAAGGUCUACCACUACUGACCUGACCGCUUCUACUGCAACCAACCAGGACGCUCCUGCCCACCUGGAGUCUGACUCGGUUCACACUUUAAAAGGUGUCAAUCCCCCCUUUGGACAGUCUAAAUCCAUUCCACAAGUUGAAUGCAAGCAGCUAUUAAUCUGAGCUAAUGGUAGUCAUGUAUAUAUCGGACACUAGAUGUCGCAUUCAGUCUUGUGGCAUGGCAAGCCUCAAGUGACGCUGUCUUGUAACCUCUUUUCUCAGUUUUUCACAAUCAGCAAAGAUGUUUUGUCUGCAGGGUAAUUUGCAUAUCACCUUGUUGCCUCUUGAUGUUCUUUCAAACAGCAUUACCACUGGGCCAAGAUGGCCAUUUGAGCCAUUCGUUUCAAUAGCAAGGUGUACAAGUAGUCAAUGCACCAUCUAAUGUUCUACGUACAUGUAUCUGCGGAUGGUAUUGAGCACUCCAAAGACAAUGUUGUUCAGCUGCUCAGUGGACACCUGGGUUGGAAAGAAACGCGACAUAGGAACCCGGUAUCAACACCUUUUCCACUUCACAUUACAUAUGUAUGUGUGUCAGCGGCUAAGAGACCAUGUGGCAGCACAUUCGAUUCACUUGCAGCUGUUUUCCAGGAUUUCCUGUCUAGGGAUUACAAGGGUCAAUGCACAGCAUUCCGACAUAGUCGGGCCUGUACGGUGGUCACCAAAACAAAAACAAGACCCUUCCACAACUAUGAAUGUCACUAUAUUGCGUACCAGUGUUAAACAGGUCCUUAAGACAUAUCAAUUUUAGAAGCAAGUGUAUGUGGUGGUGUUUUUACAGUAUGUUUGCCCUGUGUGAGGUUUGAGGUUUUCUCCAAAGCACAAAGCAAAGGCCUUACAAUCAUUAACAGCAGCACCUCUUCCAUUUCUGUCUUGGCCAUGUACUGUACUGUUUACAUAGAUGCCAUAUGUUUGUAACGCAGUUUUGUACAAUACAAGAGUAAAGUGUAUAUUUGUAGCACUUACAA